UCUAUGUUGCCAAGUAGAAUACAAAAAGGUGUGUUCCUUUUGCGAGAAGUGUGCUCGCGCGCUUCAGCCUACAUUGAUUGGCAAGUUCACCGGCAACAAUAAACUGACGGUAGGCCUGAUGAUCGGUAAACGGUUGUCCUGUUUGAAUGAAACUGAUUUGAGAUCAUGUACAGUAGCUAAUAUAAGAAAGCGAAUAGGCUACUUUAAGUUACAAUAUGGCAGUUUACAAAUACCCCGUUUUCUUCGAGGUUCACAGUCUGGAUCCAGCACAGAAAGAGAAGAUAGAAAAGUACUUUCAGGUUCGCCGUAAAUCUGGUGGUGGAGACUGCGGACUGAUACACAAUGUUGGUGACAACGUUUACAAGAUCGCAUUUAUUGACCAAGCAGUCCAGGAGAGGGUACUUCAGAAACCUAAUCAUGUGUUGGAGAUGCCUGGAGGACCUCUCUCCCUCACUCUGAGAGACAGCCUGGAGACUCCACCCACAACAACCUCCCCAGUCAGCAGUCAGAGUCACCAGUCCCUCCCAUUCCAUCCCUCCCUCCCUGUCCAGACAUCGCCACCUGGUGGCCUAGAGCAUGAACUCCAUCUAGACUCCUACCUCCUGAGAUACCUGAAGGAGAGCCCUGGGGUUGGAAGAGACCUGCAGCAGCAGCUGUCCUCUCUGGGCUGCUCUGUCCACCUCUACCCAGAGGACGGGAGGGCAGUGGUCAAAGAUUCAGACCAUCCUGGGUUAUGUGGAGUCGGGGUUGGGGUGGAUCCAUGGAAGGUACAGGUAGAGAGACUGUUCAAACAACUCCAGGAGCGGUACAAAUGCCACUAUGAGGUAGACCCACGUAAGCUCCAGACUCUGCUGCAGAGCAGUACCCUGGGUUCGGAGGAUGUGAAGGUUUACUGCGAGGCAGGGGAAGGGUUUGCGGUGGUGGUUGGGGAGGGGCCCGAGGUCCAGGCCAAGCUGAAGGAGCUGGAGGCCUUCCAGUCUCAGGGUCUGAGCUCCGGGAAGCAGGAGAAGAUCAGCACCACCUGUCGUCUGGGACAGGCCAAGCUCCGGCUUCUAGAGGAAGUUAUAGAGAAGGAUCUAGGUGAGGCUGUUCCAGGGGUGAGGGUGACGCGCAGUGACUCAUCUCAGCUGGUGCUGGAGGGUUCAGCAAGUGAAGUCCGGACAGCCAGACAGUUAGUUACAGAUAAGAUCUCUCUGGUGCUGCAGCGGGUGGUGCCUGAGAUGUCCCCCCACCUCCUGUCCUUCCUGAGGGAUGAGUAUGGGAGGCCUGGAAACCUGAGCAGUCUGCUGGGGUUGGGACUCCAUGUGGAGGUAGAGUUGGGGGAUACAGAGCUCCGUCUGUUCUCCCUCUCCUCUGGGAAACUGGAUCAGGCUGAGAAGGAUCUGCUGGGGGAGUUUGGGGAGGAGAAGAUCGAUGUGCCCAACUGUGGCACCCUGCCAUCUGUACUGAAAUCCAAGCUUGAGAAGAAGGUCAAGGAGAUGAACCAGAGCAGACGCAGGGUGGUAGCCAGGUAUGGUCCUGGGUGUAGAGUGCAGUUGCUGGGCCACGUGAAGGAGGUUCAGGAGCUGAGGGAGGAGAUAGGGGCCUUUCUGAUAGACCAGUCCAGUGUGGAGGAGACAGUGUGUCUCCCUUACCCGGAGAUUGCUGACCACCUACCAGAACUGCUGGAGAUGAUUGGUGUGGAACACACAGGGGUGACCCUCUACCCCUCAGCCUCAGCCAUACACCCCACUGUGGUGCUCUGUGGACCCUCUGUCCGGGUGGCCCAGGUUAGGGACAGGUUGGGUCCCGCUCUGGCCUCCUUGGUCCACCAGACUGUGACCAUAGACCGGCCGGGGGCGCUACGCUACUUCCAGGGCCUGGGAAGAGAGUACCUGGGAGUGGUGGGCCGCUCUCAACACUGCCUCAUCCAGCUGCACAACCAUGGUGGUGUUGCCGGCGAAGCUAGCGCCGGACCAAGACUGGAGGAGAUGGUCACAGCCACCAGCUAUCGCCUUCAGCGGGGGCUCCAGGUUGUGGUGCGUCAAGGUGACAUCACCAAGGAACGGGCGAAUGCGCUGGUGAACGCAGCCAAUGAGGACCUGGAUCACGCUGGUGGCGUGGCUGCAGCUCUAAGCAGUGCGGGGGGGCCUGAGGUACAGCAGGCCAGCAGGGAUCUGGUUAGGCAGAUAGGGAGAGUACCCACAGGUACAGUGGUACAGACUACAGGAGGGAAGCUGCCUUGUAAGAUGCUGCUGCACGCAGUGGGACCAGUAGGUGGCAGCGUAGGUGGGAAUGAGCGUCUUCUGCUGGAGAAGACAGUAAAGGCAGCCCUGGAUCUGGCAGAGACCCUGGAGCUAGAGACCUUGGCCAUGCCCUGCAUCAGCUCGGGGAUAUUCGGUGUUCCUCUGAAGGUGUGCUCUGAGGCCAUAGUCUCUGCAGUGAGGGACUUUGGGAGGGAACAGCACAUCCUUACCAAGGUCACUCUGAUUGAUGUGAGUGGAGAGGCAGUGAGAGCCAUGCAGGAGGCCUGUGAUAGGCUGUUACAGGGGAAGAGGGAGUUUCCUGGGUGGGAGGUAGAGUCCAGCACCACCACUACCACUACACAUGCUCCUCAGAGAGACACCACUGCUGCCUCCGCCAGGGGAACAGCCGCUCCAGAGGUCUGUGUCCAGGUGGAGAUCAUCCAGGGAACCAUAGAGAAACAGCAGGUUGAUGCCCUGGUGUCCCCCAUGGUUGGUAGUGAGCCUCUAUCCUCCCGAGUGGGUAAUGUCUUGUCGGAGGCAGCUGGACCAGGGCUGAUGACAGCAUUUCAGAGGGAAUUAGGGGGACGGACUGCACCUGGUGACAACGUCCUGGUGGAGGGACUGUCUGGUCUCAGCUCUGGCCGUGUCUUCUUCCUCAGCUGUGCACACUGGGACAACAACCUCCACGGACCAGCAGUACAGGCUCUGAGGCAAGGUGUGAGGAGAGUUCUAGCCUCUUGUGAGAUCCGGGGAUUCUGUUCUGUUGCCUUCCCUGUAGUUGGAACUGGUGUGGUUCUCCAGUUUCCUCACAACGUGGUAACGCAGGUUCUGCUAGAAGAGGUCCGUAGGUAUGAACAGAAUCGAGCGAGCAGAACCCCAUUCCUUGUCCGCAUUGUCGUCCAUCCCAAUGACAGAGAUUCUACCAAGGCUUUCCAGACUUCCCAGAGUGCUUUGCAUGUCAGAGGGUUUGUAAUGGAUGCUUCUCCAGAUCAGACCUCCUUCUAUCGCCACGUCUCAACCACUCAGGACGAGGUCUCUGCCACGCUGGGCAGUGUCAAGCUACAGCUGGUCUUUGGCGACAUCAUCCGUGAGACCACUGAUGUCAUCGUCAACACCACAGACUUCUCAGCCAACCAUUCAGGUGUCUCCAAAGCUAUUCUGACUGCUGCAGGUUCCACAGUCCAAGCAGAGUUAGCACAAGGUUGGUUUUACAGCGUUCUAAUACACAAUCCUAUUAACACAAUCACAAACUCAGAGCAAUCCAUUCACACAAGUCAGAAAGUAAUCAUUUGA